CCGAGUAUGGGCGAAUGUAUAUUGUGAUUGUAGUCAACGCACAAAACCGCGAUCUGUUUUGGGGACCUCUGUUGUGUACCAAAUCGUAUUAGAAUCCGUACUUUGUAGCGAAACUCAUUGUUUUUUUUUUCGCCAACGCAAGCCGUCGUUAAUAUCCGUGUAACGUGUCAAUCAAACGAGCGGCAGAAAAUUAUUUUCAAUUUGUGCGUAUUGUUUUUGUUGUGUCUUUCCUAAUCACCGCCCGCCGCCCGCUGGGAGAUUGGCAAAUAUUUAACCGGCAAGAUUGGGAGGAGGGAUUCCCGCCAAGGGAAUUUACGAAAUCGCAUAUCCGCAGUGUGGUAGCCGUAGACGGACCGUUAACACCCCCUUUCCACCAUCCCACCCCCGGCACUGCCGAACGGCAGAAGCUACGCACAAUACGAACGCAAUUCCGCGGUUUGUCCGGUCCGGUCUGGUGUUUGGUUCCGCCCAAACGCUGGGAGAACCCAUAAAUUCGUUGUUUUAUUUGGAAAUCAUUAAUCACAGUGGAAAACAUCCACGCGAGCCGUGCACUGACUUGUUUUCCUUCCAGCGGAGGUGAUUUACGCGGAUGUUUUGUUACAUUUUAAAUACCAGCAAAGGGACCGGUGCCGAUCGCUUGAGCACAGCUUCAGCAUCGUCUGCAUUGCGAUGCAGCUUCCCAAUGUGUAAGAGAACGCUCGCGUUAUUCAGUGUUUGGUAUGUACGUGCCGCGUAUGUGUGCUAUGCCGUUUCGUUGUUAGGAUUUUUGUAGAAAAACAAAGGGCACCAAAUACAUAUGAUUUGUAUGUGCACGGAAAGUGUUUCCAACAGAGCUGGAAGAAAUUGUGAUUAUUAAUGAGUGAUCUGUGCGCCAGAGUUCGUCGAGUUAAACAAGUUUUCUCCAGAAAACUUUAAGGUUUAGAAGAAUAAUGAAAAUCUCAGAACAGAAUUAUAUUCAUAAAACACCAUCAGUCUCAUCUGCGAUGGUGAAACAAACGAGCUCACUCAAUUUAAGUAAUUAAUCAUCACGGAAGAGUAAUUGUCCUGCGAUCAGCGAAACUCUCACUUUCGACAAGCUUUGCCGUAACGAGAUAUGAAAUGUGGCUUCUACUAAUGCUGCUGCAGAUCUCUCUUGUGAAAGAAACGACCUUCGGAAUCAAACUGAUGGAGGUACGUGUGCCUAGUCACACCAUCAAGGACAGCCCGGUGCGUCUCGAGUGUCACUACGAGAUGGAAGGUGAUGCACUUUAUGCGGUCAAGUGGUACAAAGAUGGGAACGAGUUCUAUCGCUACGUGCCAAGAGAUAAUCCCCCUGUCCAAGUUUUCCCCCGAAUGGGAAUCAACAUCAAUGUACAAAACUCAACAAACAGUCAGGUGGUGCUGGACCCAGUCGAGCUGACAUCGAGUGGGAAGUAUCGCUGUGAGGUAUCGGCCGAAGCUCCAUCCUUCCAAACUGUAUCCGACCACGGGCAAAUGACCGUCGUUGUUCUCCCCGAUGAAGACCCACACAUAACGGGAGGGAAGCCUCGCUAUCGAAUUGGUGACGAUGUUCGAGUCAACUGUACUUCCGGACGGUCAAAACCAGCGGUCCACUUGACCUGGCACAUCAACAAUGAACCGGCAGGGCCGGCACUAGUGCGACGCUUCGAACCCGUUGUUUCGGGCCCGGACCGGCUUGAAACUUCCAUCUUGGGGCUGGCAUUCCGCGUUCAGCCAAACCAUUUUAAACAUGGUGACAUGGAGCUGAGGUGUCUAGCAACAAUUUCGACCGUGUACUGGAAGAGCAACGAGGAAAGCAUCGAGGGGGACAAACCGCAGAAAGCUCCGACGCUUGAGUCCCGGAACAUCGUCGCGUCCAUCGCUCGAGCGGAUCGAGUUCAAUCCAGUAGCGCCACAAGUGUAUCGUCGAGUGGUACCUUUGCCGUGGUACCUUUGAAUCUAGCAAUCUGUUUCAUCUACAACUUCAUCAGUCUACACCAUCAGUUGCAGAUCUUCGUCAUGAAGCUUUGUCCGAGGCAACUAGUGAAGUGUAGCAGAAAUCAUAUCUGAUCCAAUUAGGACAAAAGCUUAAAUUUUUAUUCUAAGUUGGAAAUGUCAUUAUGUAUUCACGAUGAGAAAAAUAAA